GAAAGGGGGGAGCGCCGCCGCGAUGUUCCCCGAGGAGCGCAAGGAGGGGAGUCCGCGGUUCGGGAAACUCCACUUUCCCGUCGGCCUUUGGAUCAACUCUCCCAAGAAGCGUUUGGCCAAGAUGAGCCGGAGGUGGCCGAGCGCCGGAUCCGUCCGAUCCGCCUCCUCGGACACCGCCAGCCGCGGGCAGCGAAACGGUUGGAAUUACGCCCUCCCGGCAAAGCCAAACCCUCGCGCCAUAACCGCCUUUCCAACCUCUUCCAUCGCAGCGCCAACGCCAACGCCAACGCCGGCGGCCGCUGGGCCAGCGAGAAGAAAUUGGCGGAAUUGGUGGAUCCCGUUCCCGAAGUUCUGGUGGGAUUGGAAAAACGCUCCAAACCAAACGCCAACUCCCGGAAUCCUCAAGAUUUUUGGGGGGGACAUCUCCCGAGGGGCCAAUUAUAAGAGCGUUUUGGCCACGGCCCGCUCCACCGCGCGGCAGUUGGUCGGAGAGGCUUUGGAACGUUACGGAUUGGCUCCGGAAGAAGGAACGUCGGGAGAAUAUGUGUUAUGCGACGUAGUGGGGGAGCCGGGGGUUCCGGGGGGGGGUUGGCAGGUGGAGCACCUCCGUCCCGUUGGCGAUUCCGAACGCCCUUUGGUCCUUCAAGAUGUAUGGAAGCCCAAAUCCGGCUGCUCGCGGCGCUUCGAGAUCCGGCGGAGACAGGAAGUGGAGAGGAUGUGCGAGGGAGAGGAUGGCGAGGCGGGGGGCCCGACACCCCAAUAUCCCGACACCCCGAUAUCCGCAAUACCCCGACACCCCGAUAUCCCAAUAUCCCAACACCCUGAUACCCCGACACCCCAAUACCCCGAUACCCCGACACCCCGAUAUCCUGACACCACGAUACCACGAUACCCCGACACCCCAAUAUCCCGAUACCCCGAUACCCCAACACCCCGAUAUCCCAACACCCCGAUACCCCAAUACCGCGAUACCCUGAUAGCCCAACACCCCGAUAUCCCGACACCCCGAUACCGCGAUACCCCGAUACCCCGAUAUCCCAAUACCCCGAUACCCCGAUACCCCGAUAUCCCGAUAUCCCGACACCCCGAUACCCCGAUACCCCGAUACCCCGACACCCCGAUACCCCGACACAGCGAUACCCCGAUACCCCAAUAUCCCGACACCCCGAUACCGCGAUACCUCAACAGGGGGAUGGUCUCACCUCUCCGUCGCGUCGACUGCAGAAGAACCGCUCGCGGGCGGCUUCGGGGGUGUACGACCCCCCAAAAAGAGCGAGCGGAUAACCUCUCCCUCCGCCGCAGCAUCAGCGAUAUGAACCUCAGCACCAAAAGGCGUCGGGAACAGCAAGACGGUGCUGAGCAGGGGUCCCCCGAAACCCCCCAAAGUGGGGAGGGGGCGGCCGGAGAGGAGGAAGGGGGGGGUCCAGGCCUGGAGCAGCUCUCGCAGUGCCUCAUUCAGCCCCCCCAGGAGCUCCCCUAUUUCCUCCUGCUGCAGGGUUACGGCCGGCAGGAUUUCAUCCUCUACCCCAUGACUCGUUCCCUGCACGUCUUCGGUCGCCCCGAACGCCGCGGAGGGGUCCCGAAAAAGCCGGCGGCUCAGGUGGACACUUUCCUCAACGCCCCCGACAUCCUCCCUCGACACUGCGUGGUGCGAGCGGCUCGGGGGGGUCCCGACAGCCCCCCAAGCCCUGCCACCAUCCGUCCCUUUCGGGGGGCUCCCGUCACCCAUAACGGCACCCCUUUUACGCCAGGCCCCCUUCACCCGGCGACCUCUUGGGUUUGGGCCAACAUUUCCUUUUCCUCUACAAAGACCCCGAAACGGUGUCGGAGGAGGAGAGGGGGGGGCCCAACCCCUCGCCCCCCUUGGUUGCCCCGCGCCCCCAUUUCCACGGGCAUGGCGGGGGUUUUGGGGUGCUCGGGGUGCGGCCGAACGCCCCAAGAGCGUCAAGAGGCCUUGAAGAACCUCUUGGAGAGUUCCCAACCGGAGCUGAGGUUCCGCGAGGAGGAUGAGGCGGUGGUGUUGAAGGAGAUCGUGCGGUUGCCGGAGGCCGAAGGGGUGGAGGCGGCCGCUUUGGCCCCCGCGUUCCUGCUGGGGCUCUGCCUCGAGCACGCGGCCAAGGCCUUCGCGCCCCAACAUCUGCCCGCCAUGAUGGCCCGCGUGGCCGCGCUCCUCAGGGACACCGUCUGGGAGAAGAUCAAAGAGAUCGGAGACCGACAGCCAGAAAACCAACAGGAUACGUCCCCCGCGGCGCCGAGCAUGGAAGCCGUGACGGCCGACCUGCGUCCGUUGAUGCUCUGGCUCGCCAACGCCAUGGAGCUCCUCAACCUGGCGCAGGGACGCGUCCUGGAGCUGGAGAAGGAGCUCGACUUGGAGGGCCCUUGCCAAGAGCUGACGGGCGACCUGGAAGCCUGCGAUGAAGCCAUGGGCAUCUUGGAUGAGGUGAUCAUGUCCACCUUCCAGCAAUCCGUCUACUACUUGACCAAAACCCUUUACUCGGCUCUUCCCGCUCUCCUGGAAAGUAAUCCCUUCUCCGGGACCGGAGAACCCAGCGCCGCGCAGGACCUGGGCAGCGUCCCCGAAGGCGUUCGCCCAACGCUCGCCGUCUACCAGGCGGCCCUGGAGCUGACGCGGGACUGCCAGCUGCACCCCGACUUGGUCUCCCAGACCUUCGGGUACCUCUUCUUCUUCUCCAACGCCUCUCUCUUCAACACUCUGAUGGAGAAAGGCAGCGCGGGCCCCUUCUUCCAGUGGUGGCGAGGGGUUCGCAUCCGGACCAACCUGGACCUGGUGCUGGACUGGCUGACGGGACAGGGACUCGGGGACAUCGCCGGAGAGUUCUUCCGCAAACUCUCAGCCACGGCCAAUCUGCUCUGCACCCCCAGGAGCUGCCUGGGCAAGGCCUCGUGGUCGCGCCUCCGGGCCGAGUUCCCGGCUCUGACUCCGGCUCAGCUUCACCACCUGCUCAGCCAUUACCAGUUGGGAAUGGGGCGCCCCCCACCCCCCGCCUGGAGUCCCCCCCCCGAGGACAGGGACCUGGUGGCCUCCGGUGACAUCUUCGAGAGCUUUUCGGAUCACCCUCCGCUGCUGCUGCCGAGUCAGGGCUUCCGCCUGCGCCCCGCGGAGCCCGUGGGGGACGAGGGGCUGCGGGGACCCCUCUGCCGCCUGCGGCGCCUCCUCUGGGACCUCGAGACGGGCUCCCUGCCCGCCAACCAGCGCCCCGUGCCCUGAGGGGACCCCCAAACCCUGGGGACACCCCCAAACCCAUGGACCCCCAACCAUGGAACCCCAAUCAUGGAACCCCAACCAUCCAUGGACCCCUCUGUCACCUCCUCUGGGACCUCGAGAUGGGCUCUCUGCCCCCCAACCAGCACCCCAUGUCCUGAGGGACCCCCCCAAAUCCUGGGGACACCCCCCAAACCCAUGGAACCCCAACCAUGGACCCCCAACCAUGGAAUCACAACCAUGGACCCCCAACCAUGGAACCCUAAUCAUGGACCCCUCUGCCACCUCCUCUGGGACCUUGAGAUGGGCUCUCUGCCCCCCAACCAACACCCCAUGUCCUGAGGGACCCCCCCAAAUCCUGGGGACACCCCCAAACCCAUGGACCCCCAACCAUGGAACCCCAACCAUCCAUAGACCCCUCUGUCACCUCCUCUGGGACCUCGAGCUGGGCUCUCUGCCCCCCAACCAGCACCCCAUGUCCUGAGGGAUCCCUCAAAUCCUGGGGACCCCCCAAAACUGCAGGACUCCCCCUACCCAUGGGACCCCAACCAUGGACCCCCAACCACCAAUGGAACCCCAAAGAUGGACCCCAAUCCCACAUGGACACCUCUACCACCUCCUCUGGGACCUCAAGCUGGGGUCCCUUCCCCCCAAACAGAGCCCAGCGCCUGAGGGGACCCCCCAAAUACUGGGGACCCCCCCAAACCCAUGGACCCCCAACCAUGGAACCCCAAUCAUGGACCCCCAACCAUCCAUGGACCCUCUGCCACCUCCUCUGGGACCUCGAGA